GGAGGCUGAGCGUUCCCGGGCAGGACUGCAGUGCACGCCGCCAGCCUCGCUGCAUUGUGCGCUCGUGGGAAGGGGUGGCAGGCAAGGCAGGCAGGCAGGCAAGCUGGCGGGCCGUCAGUCCGUCCGGAGGCGAGGAGUCUGAGCGUUUAGCCGAUUCCUGGGCCUUCUGGUGACAAGGAGAACUUGAUUUCAUACCAUCUGCAUGUUCGAUGCACCUUCUCUGCUAUGGAAUCCUGGCCUACGCUGGGCUGGCUCCUCCUCCUUAGCUUAAUUGCUGACUGUCUGAAGGGAACGCGAGGGCGAGACUUUACAGUGAAAGAUAUUGUGUACCUUCAUCCUUCAACAACUCCAUACCCUGGUGGAUUCAAAUGUUUUACCUGUGAACAAGCAGUAGAUAACUACGAAUGCAACCAGUGGGCCCCAGAUGUAUACUGUCCCAGAGCCACAAGAUACUGCUAUUCUCAACAUACUCUGGAAGCCAAUGGAAAGAGUGUAUCAGUCACCAAACGAUGCGUGCCACUGGAGGAUUGUUUGACUACAGGAUGCAUCGCUCUCCAGCAUAAAGGACUCAAGGUAUGCACUUCUUGCUGUGAAGGAAACAUCUGCAACUUAACAUUACCUAGGAAUUCUAGUGAUGCUAUUUUUUCAACAACAACGCCUAUCAAUCAUACACAGAGACAUUGGCAAGAUGCAUCCAUAAUAAUGUUGGGUCUCCUGUCACUCUUUGCUACGUAGACCUUUUCAGAUAAAUUAAACAUCAAGGGAAUCAGUGGGUUGAAAAUAUUUAUGCACACAAUAUGACCUUAAUUUAAUAUAUGCUUUUCAAUGCUUUCUCUUUUUUUAGUGACAUUUUAAAACAAUCCUUUGAAUUCCUUUUAGCCUUGGCUGACUCAGAAGCCAUACUUUCUGAUCUGUGUCUUUAAAAAAAGGAGGUUUGUUAUAAGUUGACUAUUCUGAAGGAAAACUUUUGUAGUCAUUAAAAUGGGUGUAUGGUUUUUUUUAAACCAUUGUUUAGUCUAGUGAAAGGAGUAUUUCUAGAAAUUACAUACAAUACCAUUUGAAAACCAGGGUUUCAAAAUAACACUAUUCUGCUAUGCAAGAAAGGAUUCUAGAUAAUUGUCUUACAGCAUCAAACCAAUCUAAGCUUGAUCAUUGUAUUGGAUUUCAUCUAGAUUUAGUAGUCUAUAUUAGUAUAGCACUAGACAUAGUGAAAUCAAGCUAAGGUCUCCAUGAUAUUAAGAGGGCCUAUGCUACGACUAGAUUUAAUCCAUAUCUUUUAAUCAACUAUAGGGGAUCAAUAUUCAUUUUAGAAAAAUCAUUAUCAUGAGUAUUAAGCAGGCAUGUGGUUAUUCUCUUGGAUGUACGACGAUGACAAAUAAUUUUUCUAAAAUGUCCUUUAAUCUGGUAAGGAUUUUAUUUUUAAAAUGCCUAAGGUUUUUUUUUCUAAAUUUGCUGUUGAAAUAGUCAUGCCAAUUAUAAAAAAAAAUUAAAUUUUUAUUUAAUCUA